AGCUACGAACGACCACUCGUUUUGUUUACAACUUUUUAACAGACAUGAGUAAGGAAGAUCUCUAGGUGUGUGUAGAAGCAUGUGUAAGAAAAGUUUUAUCAGUAGAUCGGGAAAUCUUGAGCCGGUUGAAUUUUUAUCGUAACAAUUUUGACCCAUCGGCACUAGUUUUUGAUUACAAUGAAGAAAACACAACAAAACGUUCUUUCGGGACUGACUGUGAUGAUUUUUAUUUUGAUAUUGACAAAGUCUGAAACUGCGGGUUUUACUGUCAAUGGUGUGGAAAUUAGUUCAAAUCGCACCUGUUCAUCAAACCCAAACAUUACCUGCUUUGUUUAUUUCAUAAGAGAUCAAGGAUGUUCAGCUAAAGCAGUUACCGCUUUCCCUCACCUGUAUGAUGUGUCGAAGGAAAACAAAUUUCCGGAAAAACCACAAUCAAUGGUCAUCAAUCCAUUUCACAGGAAAUAUCCAACGAACCAUAAAUAUUACCCAGGAUUGACGAUAACAUUGAAGGCUCCUGUCACAGCGAGCUUUGAAGUUCUCAAAGGUUUUGAACUCAUUUAUUCCUACAAUUUGGAUAGCAACUACGGCUGUCUGAUUUUUGAUUUAUCUGCAGCUAAACUAGCGUACACGGAUGUUGUGGAGACCGACUUCUGGACGGAUAUAUGGCCUAUGAAGGUGACCGAUGCCCCCGCUGUUCUGUUGGUCAGCAGGAGUCUUCCUCCAGCCCCAGCCGAAUAUGACCGCUAUUUAAACGCGACAGAGAACGCUGGGACGUGGGGUGAAUGGGGAUUCUGUCCUCCAAAUUCGGAUUGUACAGGCACCCCGACGCCUUCCUGCAAGUGGGUCACGACCAUUAUGAACAAAGCCCUCACGAACGACUCGGAUCCUUUUAACCAGAUCCAGGUGGUGUUUGCUUUGGCUCCCACUGAAUUCCCGUUCACCAUUUACACGAUCAGCCUGUACAACGUCAACGGUACUUCUCCAGUGUCUGCCGUUAACGUCACAAAAGAUCAUCCAAAUCACGUGUUCAAAGGCAUUCCACCUGGAACGUAUAUUGUAAAGGUUUUACCGUUUGAUCCAUAUUUCAAUCAAGGACCAGGGCGUUGUCUUUGUAAAAAUGAAUACAAUAGUUGUUUUCCAUGUACAACAACAGUAACAAGGAAUUUCACCGUGGGAUACAUUCUACGUCCUCCACCAGACACUAAUACUGUUACUACUUCAGAUUCAUAUUCUCCUCCAAUCACUGGUUCCAUUACAGUCGCGGAGUCGCAUUCUCCUUCAACCAUUGAAUCUGUUACAGCUGCAGACACCUCGGGAAAAUCAGAAGAGAGUCCUCACACAGGUGUAGGCAUUAUUGCAGCCGUCAUUGGUGUAUUGAUAGGAGUUUUAUUGGUUGUUGUCAUGGGAUUCCUCUUCUUCUACUGGAGAAAUAAAGACAAAAGAGAUGACGAUGAUAAUGAUACUGAAAGAGGUGAUAAUUAUAAUAUCAUCGAAGACGAAAACAUAAAAGUCGCUGAUAAAGGCAACCCACUGUGGUUUCAAAAUGAUGGUUUAGAAGAUAACGAUGGUGAAAGGCGUGUUCUGCCAAAGAAAACAAUUUUUCUUGCGUAUGCUGAGGACCACGAGUCGCACAAAGAGGUGUUGACAUCAUUCGCAAAUUUUCUAGAGACACACUGUCGCUGCAAUGUGAUCUUUGCACCGUGGCGAUUAAGUGAUAUCAUGCAAGACAAAUUCCGAUGGGUUAUUAACUCUAUGGACCAAGCAGAUUAUACCGUUAUAGUGAAUUCUUUUACGGCAUUCGAACAAUUUAAACAAUGGAAAACGAAUGGCAAGAAGGAUAGUAAAAUCUUUGAAGGCAGUCCGCUGGCAGAUUUGUUUAUCCCAAUCCUGAACCAAACCUGCAUUCGGUUGAAUAAUCAGUCCAAUUACAGGAAGUUUAUCAUGGUUCGUUUUGAAUACACCUCGAAAGAACACUCCAUCACGGAACUGAACUCUGGAGGAGAAUACGUUUUGAUGAAGCAUCUCCGAGAAUUCCUCUGCCAUGUUCACCAGAUUGACCAGCAGAGAACCAAGAUGGAAAACGUUGGACUGGCAUUUGUAGAUGACUACACACAACUUCCAGAUGGGACUCAACUAAAGGACAAAAUACAAAAAGCCAAGGAAUACGAGGUUAAGUUUCCUCGGCGUAUGGAUUCCAAAAUGUCAAACGACUCUGGGAUGGACAGUUUAACGGAGGAAGACAAGGCGACUAUUAAAGAAAACUUUGAGCAAAACAGAUACAAUUGGAGUGAAGAAACCAUUCAAAUGGAAGCUGUUGGUGACAGUAUAACGGAAAUCAUUGCAAAUGACUCUUUCCGCGAACCGGAUAUUAGCUAUGAACCACCAAUAACUAAGUCAGAUUUUCAUCCCCCAAGCGACAGUGUAUCCUUCGAUGAGACCAGUGGCGCCCUCAUGGAUAAAAUGCUGUCACUUAACUUUAGAAAUCUUGGCUAUGAAGCCUCGGAGGACUUUAUAGAGCAAGACCGAGACAGCGAGUCUACGUUUGAUGGCGAAUCAUGUAUAAGCAUUGGAGGAAGAAGUGUCUGACCUCCAAAUUAUAUGUUUUUUUUUGUUUUGAUGACAUAGUGUUUGUUUUUUUACAAUAGAUUUGAAUUAGCAAGUGCAUGAUAAAAAAAAACUUACUCUGAUCUUCUUUUUUGCUAUUUUUUGUAUAUAGAAGAAGAAAAUCAGAUGACAUAAGCCACGUUUUAAUGAUUUUAGCGUCUGAUAUUCUGAUCUGAGAGUUAAGGACGUAUUCUAAAUUCUACGUUGAACUUCUGUAUAAAGAAAAGAAGUUAUUUGUUUUGUUUGUCAUUUUAAAAAUGUCGUUUUUUGAACCAAUUACUUAGCACAUAUAAAAAAAUAAAAUGUAAAGCCUUUUGCUGAUACAAUGCUGUUUUAAUGGUUUUAUUUGUAUGCUGAAAUGUUUUACUUGUAUUCUCCAUCAUCAUGAUUAUCAAGAGUGAUCAAUUUUUAAUGAUUUUUUUUUAUUGUUAAGCGUGAUCAUAUUUUUCUAUAUCUAUAACUUCUCUUUUAAAAAUAACUGAUUAAAAAGAUUUUGUUUUACAGAUGAUUAAUAUGAUUUAACAAAAACUAUGCAAACAAAAACUUUACAGUAAUUGUUGCACAAUCAUGUACAUGUACUGAUAUAUACAAAAUGAAAAGAAAGAGAGUAAAUCUAAUGAUUUACCUCAUUCCAAUAUCUAACUUAAUUUCUUUCAUAACGGUCUUCAACCUUAAUGCUAAUUUGAAAUAAGAAUAUAAGAUUAUAUUGUCUUUACCUUGUUUUUAGAAUUCAUUACUUACUGAUACAUGUAAACCAUUCAUGCAGAUAUCUAGAAAAAUUAUGAUGAACAUAUGAAAAUGAGUAGUUUCCUUAGUGUUCUGUGUGUGCCAUGUUCUCUAAUCUCGUACAAAUCUGCCUUUCGCAAGGUUGAAAAUAAACAAAUUCUUCAGCAACUUUGCUGUUUGUUUUUCGUAGCAAUAGGAUUGUUUACUUUAUGAUAAUCUGAAUGUCUUAUUCGCAAUAUGCAUGAAGUUGCUGACUUAUAACUAUGCAUUUACAUACGUGUUUGUGAUUUUGAAAAAGUUCAAUUGUACGUAAACAUUGCAAUAUUGGUUCAUGUUAAUAUUAAGAUGGUAUGGGAAACCAGUUGAAAUUAAUGAAUAAUAACUAGUAAGUUCUAUGGUCGAUACUGCGACCUUGUCAACAAAUACAAUCUUUUGUUAGAUAGAAUGCUGACUGACGUUUUUUUAACUCUUAUUGUUAAGUCAUUCCACUGAAUUGUCUAUGGAGAUUUCAGUUUUCCCGAUUACGACAAAGAGCAUAGGGCAGGUGUGACCGGUCAGCAUAUAUGGUAGAGGAUGCUCACUCCUCCAUUGCACCUGACCCUACCCCUAUCUUGUGUAGAGGUGCGUGUUUGCUCUGCUCUUACUUUUGGAUUUUACCUUUGGUCCUUUGAUUUUAAAUACACUGUAUGUUAGCAUCACAUUUCAUGAAGGGAAAAUUAUUAUAUUAAAAUAUAUUAAUCAGAAUACUUUCUCCAGUUCAGAAUUUUCAAAUUUUACAAUAUUUGACUACAUAUUUUUAAAAUUGUUUUUGGAAGGUAAACUUAUCAAAGCCUCAGCUGGACUCGGACUCCUGACAAACAGAUUGGUAGUUAACAAUUUAACUCAUUGCGCUACGCUGUUAGGAAGCAGAAAGAAAAUAUAAAUAUAUAAAGUUAUGACUGUUCUUAUUUAUGGUUAUUUUGAUAGGAAGUACGUCAUAAUAUGGAGGUGUCCCAUACCACCUUAAUGAAUGUUUCAGUACUUUUUGUACAUUUUCCCCCGACGUUAUCAUUGAGUUUUUGUAUAGUUACUUAGUUGAGAUAAUAUACUUUGAAAAUAAUUUUUUAUGAAAUAAAAUUAAUGUGAACUGUG